AUGGACAGCGUCACAACAACAUUUUCAAAGCACCAAUUUUCCCAUUCCCACACCACAACCACAUUCCACACUCCCGUUACGCCAAUCCAAUCCCUCUCCUUCCGCACUCACAAUCGCAAUCACAAUUUCAGACUCCUCUGCUUCUCUUCCAACCCCUCGCAGCCGCCACCGGUGGUCGUCAUCGGCUCCGCCAACGCCGAUAUCUAUGUUGAGAUCGACCGGCUCCCGCGCGAGGGCGAGACCCUUGCUGCGAAGUCUGGCGAGACGCUCGCCGGCGGCAAGGGUGCCAACCAGGCCACGUGCUCCGCCAAGCUCUCCCACCCGACCUACUUCGUCGGACAGGUUGGCGACGACGCUUAUGGUAGCCUUGUCACCGGCGCCCUUCGCGGCGGCGGCGUGCGCCUCGAUAAUCUGACAGUGGUUCCGUCCGUACCCACGGGUCACGCCGUUGUGAUGCUUCAAUCCAAUGGCCAGAACUCCAUCAUCAUCAUUGGGGGUGCCAACUUGAGUGGCUGGCCCAGUGCCCUGCCACGUCAGCAUUUGGACCUCGUUGCCCAAGCCGGCAUCGUUUUGCUGCAGAGGGAGAUCCCUGAUUAUGUCAAUGCUCAAGUCGCACAGGCUGCGAGGAAUGCUGGUGUGCCUGUUGUAUUGGAUGCUGGAGGCAUGGAUGGACCACUUCCGCCGCAAAUAUUGAAUUUUGUUGAUAUUUUGAGUCCUAAUGAAACUGAACUUGCACGUCUUACUGGAAUGCCGACUGAAAGUUUUGAACAGAUUGCACAGGCUGCUUUGAAAUGCCAUGAAAUGGGAGUUAAGCAAGUUCUAGUAAAACUUGGGCAGAAAGGAUCUGCCCUUUUUGUAGAAGGAGAAAAACCGAUUCAGCAGCCUGCCAUAGUAGCUAAAACAGUUGUUGAUACAACUGGUGCUGGUGAUACUUUUACUGCUGCUUUUGCUGUGGCCUUGGUUGAGGGCAAGUCCAAAACGGAAUGCCUCAGAUUUGCUGCUGCUGCAGCUUGUCUUUGCGUUCAAGUGAAGGGAGCCUCUCCCAGCAUGCCUGAUAGGAAAUCUGUUUUGGAUCUACUUAAUCCUCAAUGA